GUUUUGGAUCUGCACAGCAACAAACCAAAACGUAACUACUAAGACAAGCUGCUGUGACAAAAGAACGACUUACGCUGAACGGGAGCGGCGGCGGUUGUCGUGGCGCCUGCGGCUGGGGCUCGGAGACCCAGAGGAGCUGGAGGAGGAUGAGGAGCGAGAGCUUGAGGAGCCAGAGCGGCUGGUUCCGGACGAACUGGAGCCGCUGGAGGAGCCCGAGCUGGAACCAGAGCUGCUGCUGGAAGAGGAGCUAGAUCUGGACCUGUGGCCGUCAACAAGCGCACAAAAUGAGUCAAUUAUCGUUUAUAUAACCACAGAGUGUCAUUUUUUUCAGCAAGAAGAGGCUUGUAUUGGUACAAAUUAGGAGUGCAUGAUAAUUAUUGAACCGAUAUGAGGGAAUUAUGACAUCAUAUUGAUAAAUUAAUUUAUAAAAAAUACAACUAAACAUUCCAAUGGGGCAAUAUUACAUAACUGUUCGGGUGAGCAAAUCAAGUGCUCCUUUUUAUCUUCUGCUUGUGAGGUUAAUCCCCUCAGCUCGCUUUUUAACAUUCACUGUCCGAGGAAGACAUUGGCAUGUGUGCUAGAGACCGCUGUGACAUCACACCAGCUACUCGGAGCACGUGCUUGAAUACAGUGCACCUUGCUGGGCCAUGUCAGGCGGCAUCGCACGACAACAAACCUGCUGCUGCUGCUUCCAGUGGAUGCACUGCGGCGCUUCUUGGUUUUGUCCCGUCCCCUGUCCUUUUCUCCGUCCUUGGUGGUAGUUUUCUCUUUGGUUCGGUCUUUCGUUUUCUCCUCUUCCUUCCGUUUAGUAGGCGAUGGAGCCCUUCGGGUAGGAAAACAAUUAGCAAUAUAUGCAUGUUCUGUACGGGUUCAAUAAUUAAGGCUCAAUUGCAUUUUUUUUAAAUUUACAUUAUGAUAGGGAGGUGUUUAAUAUUGUGGAUGUAGUUUGCCAUCGUGUGAAUUCGCAAUGCAUCACACAGAGCUGUUUCUAACAUUUUGCCUGUUGUGUAAAGCAACGACAACAAAAUAUUAGGAACACCCCAGUCUGAGUCUACAAUAAGCAUAACAGUGUGUUUAAUGCAUACUCCUUUGAUUGAUUGUACAAGUCCUUUAGUGUGCAUGCUAGCUUAGCCGCCCGAGCUAGGAUUAAGUAGUUACACAAAUCCGUUGCUUCAUGAAUAAAUACAAAAAUAAAUCACGUAAAUAAAAAUUAUGGGCGAAUACAAUAGGGAAAACGAGACUGGUUAAGUCAAAACAAAAAAGCAGCCAUCAUUAAAGAAACGCGGCGCCGCCGCCAUUGAUUUUCAUUCAGGCAGGCGGAAACCACGGCGCUCUUAUUCAGUCGCAAAAUGCCCGACCUAUUAAGUGCAUAUAUUAUAAUAAUCUUCAUUUUAUGGAAUAAAACACUCGAAUGAUAAAAUUAUAUUAGUUUAACCCAUUGAAUAAAGUGUAAUCUUACAUCUUUGUUUAGAGGUGGUAUAGACCCAGGCGACGACGGCGGCCUCGAGAAGAGUCGCUCGUUGAUGACACAAUUGAACAGGAUGUGACGCAACUACCGGCGCGCCACUUACAACUCAUUUGUUUAUUUAUGUGCUCUAUAAAGUGAAACGGCAGCGCUUUCUUCUUGUGGGACGCCGAAUGAGAUAAAGGAAGCUUCUUUCGAAGCCUCAGUCGUCUUUCUUGGUUCCACUAGAUGCCUUGGACUGAGACACUAUGGGUCGGCUGGAUGAUGCUGCCAAACGCAAAGUGGUGGAGCUGAGGAAGGCUGGGCUGAGUUUCCGCAAGAUCAAGGCUGUGCUGGAGCUGGAGAACAUCAAAGUGUCUGCACAAGCCAUCUACCUCUUUCUAAGAGAGUUCCAAGGCAGGCGGCCGGGGAGGGUCAGACCCCUGGAGAUUGGAAGCAACACAUCAGCAGCACAUGUACAGAGUCUCCCUGGAGGUCUGCAAGAGAGCUGGACCAACAUACGGCUCCAAAACCUACUUCGGGAUGUAUCGCACCACGCUGGCUUCACAGCCGCUAACACGUUUGCUAAACAGGCAUCGACAGAAGCGGAGACGAAUGCAAAGGCAUCCGGGUCUGGGGAGAGCAGUGGAGACAGCAGACCAGAGCAGCAGCGUGUGGACAAUGGGGAAGAGAAUGACAUCCAAAUUGUGAGUGUCACCUCUCUUUCUCAGGCCGGCCAACAGAGAGGAGACACGAUUGAAACCACAUCUUCAUCCGGAACAUCAUCCGUGGCCUUCACAAGGAGGCGAGUCACUCCUUCUCCAGCAACUAGCUCCAUGUUGGCAGCUCGCAAGCGGCUUUUGGAUAAAGCGCUGACGCACAGGAUGAAGGUGGCGACGUUGUUGAGGCGAGAUCACGCAAGUGUCCCGAGAUCGGAUUUAACUGCUAUGUCCCAACAGGCAUCAGCAUCCUCACAUUAUGAUCUGACCACAGAAAAGGCUGGACCGGAGGACGGUGGAGGAAACACAAGCAGGUGCUUUGUCGCACAAAGACCAGGUCUAUCCAUCCGUUCCCUUCACACUCUGCCUCGAGUUGGAGUCCGUCUUCCUAACCGCCCGCCAGCUCCUUUAACAUCCUCAGCUCCAGGCGGCGCCGCCGUUCGCUUGCAGACUUCAGGAGGCCAAGGGCCGUCUUGUAGCGAGGGAAGUCAGCAGCAGGUCAUCCAAGACUCUGGGGCGAGAGGUGGUCUUCAGGAUCAGAUCCAGACUCUGGGCUGUGAGGUGCGCAGCCUGAGCCUGGCGGUGAAGAUGCUGGUGGAGCAGCAUAGCCGCCUGGAGAAGGAGCAGGCGCAGCAGACGCACAUCCAGAAGCAGAUCCUCUGCACCUUGCAGACCCUCGUUUCAAAAGCAGGACCUUGCAGCAACGUUCAGCCACCGCAAAACAAAACACCUUCCCCUUCCUCUCUGCCCGCCGCCUCUUCAUCAGCGUCCUUCAACCAAGAUACCUACAACUUCAGCCAGGUCACAUUCAGCCAGUGCAGCCAAACGCAGCCAAGCUAUGACUCUUUAGAGAGCUUAGAACCUGUCGAGGCCUUCAAACUACCAGUCCUAAGCCCCACUGGAAUAAACGGGUUCCCUCCAUGUAGCAGCAGUGAAAGCCUCCCUCUCAGUCACACACCCCCUCAAACUCAACCCUACGUGGGCGCGUACCCUCAGCAAAACUGUCUCAUACCCGCCUACACUCAGUCGUACGUGCCCACGUACGACAGGUCCCAGGCGUACAGAGAGGCAGGAAGUAGCAGCUGUUCUAGGAGGACUCUGCAGGACUGCAGCAUGUCCGCGCAGGAUGAACAUGUCAAUAUUAUUAAAGUGGAGGGACCUUAAACUCAUCAUAGCUUUUUUUUUUUAUAUAUUUAUUUUCCAAGUAUAGUGGAACCUGUCAAGUUGAACACCGUAAAGUACUGAUCCAAAUACAUGACCACUCCGCUUUUUCAAGACCCGUUUUUGCCCCAGUAGUUUUCAGGAAAGACUAAAUGAAUCAUGUUGUGUGUGUGUGUGUGUGUGUGAGUGUCAGGAGGAAAAGCUCUGACAUGCUCACGGAAAGGUUGUUGGGUCAGUACAGUGCAUUCCGGAACCCUGGUCGACCUCUAUUACUUUGUCAUAAAACCUUUAUUUACACCACGGGCAAUAUUUUAAGUAGCAUUUCAAUUUGUAGUGUUGAUUGGGAUAACCUGAAAACAAUGAUGUGAUCCCUCGCCACUUCACCAGGAAUUUCGCGAUUUUACUCUAUCACGGUUUAUCAUAAAUAUAUUCAUUAAUGAAUGAAUCAUGCUGUUUCAUGAUUGAAUACUCCCAACUAUUUGUCCAAAAAUACUGAUUUAAUGUUUUUUUUUGCCUAAAUGAGCCAUUUUCAAGUGUAAAAAUGGCUAAAUGAAGUAAAAUACUAACAAAAUAUAAGACAUUCAGAAGACUCAUUCAAAGAUGUGAUGAUACAUAGUAUUCCACACUGGUCACUAGGUGUCAGUCAUGUUACGUUGAUGACACAUUAGCCAAUGCUGUACAGAACAGGAAGUAAAAAGGGAACAAGGAACUCUCCCAGUUCUAUCAUGCAUAUACUAUAUUGGGUAAUAGGAAGUGUAAAGGUGACUUUAGGGGUGUUAUUUCAUGUCUAGAGGGCUCUAAUAAUGUUAAAAUCUGUAUUUAGAAGGUCGUAAACAGGUUUUCAAAAAAAAUUCAGUUUCUAAAUAAGGAAUCCUACUAUGCAGAAAUUUACUUAUCUCGGUCGGGUCUGGAAAAACAUAAAUGAGAUAAUAGCCACCACAGGAAGUACUGUGCAGAACAGGAAGUUAAAAAGAACAACACCAAGGAACUCUCCCAAUGCUAACAUGUGUGAGUCUAUAUUACUUGUAUGUUGUAUCUUAUUUUCUCUUAGGCCUACAUUAUUGGGUAAUAAGAAUGUAAAGGUCACUAUAGAGGUGUUAUUUCAUGUCUAGAGGGCUCUAAUAAUGGAAAAAAAAUAUUUAGAACAUCAUAAACAGGUUUUCUAUGCGAUAGCUACAAAAAUAUUCCAUUUACAAAUAAGGAAUCCUACUUCUCACAGUUGGGUCUGGAACCAACUAACUGAUAAACGAGGCGUUACUGUACUAACGCACAUGACUAGUGUUAAGUCCUGUACUAAGUAUUGUGCUUCAUAGUGUUCACUCUGCUGCAGCAGUUUAUCUUUCUGCCCUCAGUCUCCUCUUGGAUAAAAUGUCUUAGUAAGCGUCACAUCAAGAGACGUGAAUGCAGGAGUUGUCGUCCAUCGUUGGUCGGCAUGUCACCUUUUGACCGAUGCAUUCAAUGCGGUGUGUUUUUUUUUCUGUUUCACGUGGUGCUCUUUUUAAAAUUUGUAUGAUUUUUGUGAGACGUUUCCCCCCGCAAUUAUCUCCAAAUUGUAUGAUUAACUGGGCAUUGGACUUUAGGUUCCACUGUACUGUAGAGGAAUGGCAAUAGACUGAAUGCGAUAUUGGUGGAAUUGUAUUUAAGCAAGUUGGGAGGAUAUGUGCAUAUUGUAGCCACUUGGAGGUGACUUAUAGACAAACACACACGAUAGAAACCCAAAUAAACAGUUUGGAUUAAAGCA